AUGAGUGGCUAUCUCUGGAAAUACUACCUCGAAGAUGAUGUCGAAGCUUUUCGACACCUGCUGGAAGGCGCCGCCUUCCCUAUGCGCCCGUCCGGGCCGAGGGCCAAUACCGGCGCGCAGCCCGGCCAAGCCCAUCCGGCAGCCUUCAUAGGGAGUCCCGGGAGUCUUGGAACCUCCCCGACCUUGACUACGCGCGCGCGUCGCGACUUUGGCGGCACCCCCAGGUCCGCGACGGGACUGACACGCGCCGAUAUCAAUGCCAAGGACGCGAAUGGCAUGACCAUCCUGCACCACGCUGCCUCGUCGACCUCCGAAAACGCAUUGAGCUUCGCCACCGCCCUCCUCGAGCACCCGUACACCGACUUAUACGCGCAAGAUUUUGAGAACGGCUGGACGGCACUGCAUCGCGCUUUUUACUUUGGCAAUGUUACCAUUGCGCGCUCGAUCAUAGACCGUGAUGUGCUCGAUGCGCUUGGCCACGGAAGCAGCGGGGUGGUACAACAUGCUGGAGGAUUGGUCAAGAUUAAGGACAAAGAAGGGAAUGGCCCGCUAGACCUGUUUGCGACCACCAUCGCAGACCGCACAUUGAGGCCGGAAGAGGACUCACGCGUGGAUGCGCUGGGAGAGGAUGACGAGGACUGGGGUUAUGAUGAUAGUGGCGACGGAGAAGACAGGCCGGUGCGCCGGAAGCUUGCGCCGGUGAUGGACAUUCAUGGCGAUGAGCUCUUCACGUUCGGCAGUAACAGGAAUGUCACUCUCGGUUUCGGCGACGAGGACGAUCGGCAGUUCCCCGAGCGCAUAAUUCUUCGGAGACCGGACCAUCUUUUGAGGAGGUUUUACCGCGAGCAUCUGGAGCGCAAACACCAGGAGUGGUCCAGCAUGGACCCUUCGGCGAGUGAUUCCUCGCAGUUGGCAUCGAUCUAUAGCAUGCCCGUGUCUGACCUUCCCGCCAUUAUCAGGAAUACACCCCUUCUGAUUCAGGACGUGACGAUGUCGAAGCUCUCCACCGCUGUCUUGACUACGGACCCUGAGUCGAACCUCUACAUGUGUGGCCAUGGACCAGGAGGUCGAAUCGGUACCGGAGACGAGAGCACUCGGUUCCAGUUUGUGUGUAUUGAGGGAGGCGCUUUAGCGAAGAAGAAAGUCAUCGCUGUAGCGCUCGGUCAAAAUCACACCCUCGCUCUCUCCGAUGAAGGCGAAAUCUUCUCUUGGGGAAAUAAUGCCUACGGUCAGUUGGGCUACAGUCUGCCGAAGACACUCAAGGAUGAAGAUCCGGUUCAACUUCUGCCACGACAGAUAUUCGGGCCUCUUAAGAAAGAGGUUGUCAUCGGCGUUUCCGCAUCUAGGAUCCACUCUGUUGCUCACACAUCGUCUUCGUUGUAUACAUUCGGCAAAAACGAAGGUCAACUCGGUAUUGUUGACUCAGAUGCACGAUCCUUGGAAUUCCAAGUCACUCCUCGUAAGGUCGCCGCCUCGCUCUUCUCUUCGCCUAUCAAGUCUGUCAGUGCUAUUGAAAGGGCUACGGUCUGUCUACUUGAGAACCAUGAGGUCUGGGUCUUCGCAAACUACGGUUACGCAAAAGUUUCGUUUCCUCUGGAUGGAUUUUCGAAUUACUUCCUAAAGCAAAGCUUCCUGACAACGAAGUAUGACACCACACCAAAUAGGAUCUGUAAAGUAACUGCAGGUGGCGACAACAUUUGCGCGCUUUCGACCAACGGUGAGAUCUACACUGUCGCAGUGAGCAAGCGCUCAGAGUCAGGGCAAGACAGUACGGCGUCUACGACAAAUCCAACCAAGAUCCGUGGGGCACUAUCCCCGCCCUACAGGAUCUGGUCACUGAAAAAGGGUUACAUGGCUGCUCGCGACGUCGACGUGGACCAGGAUGGCUCCGUCAUCUUGACCACGGAGGCUGGCACUGUAUGGAGGCGGGUCAAGAGAACGAAGAUCAAGGACGCAACCGCUUCUGGUACAGGAGAGUACAAGCCGAAGGAUUACAAAUUCCUUCGCGUUCCUGGUCUCACACGUGUUACGGCGGUUAGAGCUUCCGCGUUUGGCGCCUACGCAGCUGUACGGAAAGACUGCGAUGUCACAAAGACUCAAGUGCAGGUGGAUUCGCCUACGCUUUGGGACGAUGUGCUCCCGCUGUUGCCCUUUGGAGACUGGGCUACGCCGGACGAUGAACUGGACGAGAAUUUGCAACCGACCGAGAUACAGCUCCUGGCGAGACGUGCACUCGAAUCAGAAGAUUUCGAGCAAGAGUUGAAGGAUGCAUUGUUCGGCGUUGACGAAGAUGAUGCAACAUUCGACAUGGUCAUUGGAUCCACUGUCUCCGAAGUUCGCAUUCCUGUGCACCAGUGGAUCUUUGCUGGUCGUAGCAAGGUGCUUCGCCAAGGUCUCGCCGAAUUCCAGCACACUGGUACCUUCUCUCUGCCUGAAGUGCUCUCCCUGGAGCAAGAUGAUCGUGGCCGAACUUUGGUUGUCCUUCAGGGCAUGGACGUACUCACCAUGUUCAACUUCGUCUUGUAUGGUUACACCGACAGUAUUGUGGACUUCUGGCACUACACGCGCCAGUAUCCAAAAUUGGCAUUUAGGUACCGCCAGGUCAGGACGGAGCUCAUGAAGUUGUCUUCGAGGCUUGAACUCAAGCAGCUCGAACCUGCUGUUCGCCAGAUGGUGAGACCAAAACGAUCUCUUACCAUGGAUAUGGAGCUCGCCAUCAAGGAUCCUGCAUUUUUUGAGAAUGGAGAUGUCAUACUCGAACUUGCAGACAGCGAGGUCAAGGUUCACAGUGCGCUCAUGGUCCAACGCUGUCCUUUCUUCGAAGGCAUGUUCAAGGGCAGAGCAGCAGGUCUUUGGCUUGCUGGCAGGCGUGAAGCCUCAACUGAUCCUUCCGAAGCCAUCAGGAUUGAUUUGAAGCAUAUCGAGCUGCACAUUUUCGAACUGGUCCUGCGGCACCUGUACGCGGACACGGGUGACGAGCUCUUUGAUGAUUUCGUGUCGGACAAUCUUGGGGAAUUCCUUGCCCUCAACGAGUUCCUGGAUCACGUCAUGGACGUCAUGUCGGUAGCCAAUGAGUUAAUGCUGGACAGGCUGUCGCAGGUCUGCCAGCAAGUUGUUGGUCGAUACGUCAAUGUCCGCAACAUUUGUCAACUGCUCAAUGCCGUUUCGCCGUGCUCGGUGACUGAGUUCAAGGACGCCGGGCUCGAGUAUAUCUGCCUCAGCUUGGAGGCGGUGUUGCAAAAUGGUGUACUCGACGAGCUGGAUGAGGAUCUCAUUCUCGAAUUAGAUCAAGUCGUCCGCGAGAACCAAGUUGCAUGCCUGCCAAUUGCGAAGAGUGGGCGUGCCGAAGCGCUGCUCUUCGAGAAGUAUCCUGAGCUUGCGGAGCAAAUUGAUCGCAGGAGACGGGCAAAAGUCGACGCUCUCAUGCUGCAAGGCAAAUAUGCUGAUAGCUCAGCGCGCAUGUCAUCAUCGCUCAAGGCUGGUAGUUACGAUGACCAGCCUUCACCAAUGCAGCAGAAGGCGAGACGACGCUCGACCAAGGAAAUUAAAGCGACACAGGAGAGCCCUCUGCUCGCGCCAGCUCUCAAAGGCAAGGGAUCGGUUGCGGAUUUGAUGUUCGACAUGGACGAUGAUGUCGAUUCGGAGAACGAUGAGCUUGACCUUAAUAUGUCACGCUCAUUAAAGUCUCCUACGUCGGCCCUUGGUGGACCGGUUCAAGAUGUUUCUCUUGAUGUCCCGACGUCAAGCCCAUGGCAGAUUCCGAAAGCCGCUCCCAAGAGAGAUGCUUCAGAUUCUGCAAUCGCAAGCCCGGCAUCUCAUACACCUAGAAGCCUGGGCACUCCUCUGGACACAAUGGCUACACCGAUUACCCGCCAGGCAGACAAACCCUGGGGCACAACUCCUCUACAAAUGAGCAAGCUAGACAUGAAGGAUAUCAUGGCUGAAACGUCUUCAACACGGCCAUCCAACAUCUCUCUGGCACUGUCCGCGCAAGCCAAGGAGGACCGCACCACUGGCUCCUUCGCCGCAACGAAGCUCUCACAAAAGGAGCGCAAGAAGCUGCAACAACAGGCAGCUAAAGGUGACGCAAUUAAAGCCAGCUCCAUGGACAAUGAACCCAGGCCGGCAGUGUCACCAUGGCAGAUGAAGCCUCCAGCGGCAAAGGUCGCGCUGAAAGAUGUCAUGAAUUCAUCAUCGCCUACCCAGACAACGCAGCAGCAGACGCCACCCACAACAACCCGCCCGAAUCUGACUAUGCGUCAAACUAUUGCGAACAAUGGAUCAGCCUCCAAGGCCAAGUCAUCGAACUCUAUUCCUAUCACUGCCACUCCUGCGCAAUCAUUUCCUCCCCAGACUUCACCAUCAAACACCAACAAGAACGCUACGCCGUCCUCUGGUAAAGGCUUCGCCAUCCCUCGCCCUGACGCGCCUUCGUCCUCGUUGUCGGCGCUGCCGCAGAGUAUCCGACACAUUGCGUCGAAGUCACACUCGGAGGCAAGUCUACACUUGUCCAUGGGUAUGGCAGACAUCUUGUCGAUGCAACAGGCGGAGAAAGAAUCAAUUGCUGCCGCCGCAGCGAAGCGCAGCUUACAGGAGAUCCAGCAAGAACAGGAAUUUCAAGAAUGGUGGGAUAAAGAGAGCAGGCGAGUCAUGGAAGAAGAGAAGGAAAGGGCUAAGCGGGAGAAGCGGGAGACGGCGAGGGCUAGUGGCUCUUCGAAGAAGACGGGGAAGAAGGCGAAGGGCGACCAGAAGGCGCCUGGCGGGGACGAGACCACCGCGCCUACGAAAGCCGGUGGGGCUGGUACGAAGAAGGGUGCUGGUGGUGGGCGGGGCAAGAAGGCCAACGCCGGGCCUGGCCCAGCUCCAGAUCGAGAUGCUGCUGCUGCGACCACGACGUCCACCCCUGACGCGUCGGCGGUCGUCACCACCACCACCCCAAAAGCGGCGCCUCCGGCUAAGCCGAAUAGGAAACACAGGAACAGCGGUAAACCCGGCAAACCGCAGCAACCACCCCAUCCCCAUCCUUCCGUCACGACGACCGCCACGUCUGCUGCUGCUGCCUCCUCACCCGCUGUCACGGCUACUGCCGAUGCCGCUACUGCUUCCGCCAAGACCGAGAAAACUCCACCCACCGGCCCUCGCAAACAGCAUCAUCAUCAUCGCCCACGUGGCGGUGGUGGUGGUGGCGGUGGCUCGGCCCCGGGCCCGGGCCCGGGCAGCAGACGACAGCAACAGCAACAGCCACACGCUAGCGACCACCAUCAACAGCCACGGCCUCAUCCUCCUACCAACACAGCAUGA